UCCCCCCAAUUUAACCUCACAAAAUCAAAACCCGUUCUUAACGUUUUCUAAGAAAUUCAUAAUCUUCCGAUAAAAUUAGUCAGAAAAUGGACUCUGAAAGUCGACGGAAAAUCGAGGAUACGGUUUUGGACAUAUUGAGAAAAACCAACUUGGAGGAGAUGACUGAGUUCAAAGUCCGAGAGGUAACCUCGGAGCAACUCGGAAUCGAUUUCUCUGAUACAGAACACAAGAGCUUCGUGAGAAGCGUGAUCGAAAGGUUCCUGCUUUCGGCUCCGGAGACCGAGGUGAACGCUCGGGAGGAGCUCAUGGAGACGAAUGUGCAAGAAGAGCAGGGCACGAGGUCGAAGAAGGAGGUGUAUGAGGAUGGACACCGUGUUAUUUGCAAGCUAUCUAACAGGAAAACUGUGGUGAUUAACGAUUUCAAAGAGAAAACUUACGUGUCCUUCAGAGAAUUUUAUCAAAAAGAUGGAAAGCAACUUCCUACUGCCAAAGGAAUUAGCUUGCCAACUGAACAAUGGGCAGCGUUCAAAAAGAGUGUCCCUGCAAUAGAGGAAGCCGUUAAAAAGAUGGAAUCAAAGAUAAGAUCUGAACUUGACAGUAAACGAACUGAAAAUGGUAAGCAAACUGAAGAUGGUAAGCAAACUGGAGACGGUGUGCAAACUGAAGACAUGUCUAAUUCAUUAAAUGGUAUUGCUCCUCAACAACUUGUCACCAUUGAGACUAGCCGUUUUGAUGGGAAAAACUACCCAUUCUGGGUGGAACAGAUGGAGCUUCAGUUGAAGCAAUUAAAGAUUGCAUAUGUGCUCUUUGAGCCAUGCCCAAGCAGUAUGCUUGGCCCGGAAGCAAGUAGUGAAGAAAUUGCUCAUUCAAAGGCUGCUGACCGGAAAUGGGUGAAUGAUGAUUCCGUGUGUCGUCGUGGCAUCUUAAACGCUCUAUCUGAUGAUCUGUUUUAUCUUUACUCAAAGAAAACCAUGACUGCUAAAGAGCUGUGGGAAGAUCUAAAGCUAAUAUAUCUUUUUGAGCAAUUUGGAACAGAUAGAACUCGUGUUAAAAAGUACAUCGAAUUUGUGAUGCUCGAGGGGAAAUCAAUUGUGGAGCAAGUUGAAAAUUUUAAUAGGCUUGCUGAUUCCAUUGUAGGUUCUGGAAUGAUGAUUGAGGAAAAAUUUCAUGUCAGUGUCAUCAUCUCCAAACUCCCCCCGUCUUGGAAGGAUGUGUGCAUUAAGUUGAUGCGUGAGGAGCAUCUGCCUUUUGCAAUGUUGAUGGAACGUUUGAGGGUCGAAGAAGAGAUGCGUAUUAGGGAGAACCAGGGAGCACCUUUUAACCUAGUAGGUGAUCUAGCAAGGAAGUAUGCACCAAGGCAAAGAGAUAUGAAGCCGCGAAGUAUGCAAUGGAAGAGGCAAGAAUUGGAGACAAAUGGCAAAGUUAUUUGCCAAGUUUGUGGCAAGAAGGGGCACAUCUCUCAACAUUGUCGUUAUCGUAACAGGAAGGAUGACAAGGAAGGUAAUGAUAAGGACCAUGAGGGAAAUGGAUCAAUGCCUACAAGUAUGGAGGUCAACAUGUCUGAGAGGGCAGCGGAAUAGCUAAAUUCCAUACAGCUUCCCUCCCAUCUCAUUUGCACUAACAGCAUUUUUAACUUACAGAGUUAGCAAGUACAAAGGGAAUGUGUGAUAUUGUUCCAAAGCCAGGCACCGGGCAUAUGUUCAGGUGAAAUUGGUGUCAGGUGAUAGUCUGCAUUAGAGGAUAAAUGUGGGGUUUGCACGUUUUCUUGUGAAGCAGGGUUUUGAAACUGAUCUGUAGUUUUGUACCAUAAGUUUUUCUUUUUAAAUUUAUUGUAAAUGCAUACCAUUCUUUCCGAAAAGCGUAUGUUGGUUUUUGGUACAUGA